AGCCAUUGCUCACUGUAUUGUGCUGCAGGAUCUCCAAAUGCCCAUGAGUUGCGAUAUCCACGUCUCUGAGGAUCAAUACCUACCCAGAAGCACACCAGUUUACCAAUCAUACGACGACCACCGGAAGAGCGCAGCCUUGAUUACCUCGAGACCCCGAACCUGGACCUUGAUGACCACGGAGCCGACGAUCUGCAGUACAUAAGCCCCUGCGACCCUACCUGGCAAGAUCAUCGCCAGUAGACAGGCACACGGGAAGUCGCUAGGGGUCCGACAGCGUCAAAAGAUUCGGUCUGCAACACCACUAGGGCUGAUGGUUGGCACUGCCUGGUGGCUGAACUAGGCAAGAGACGAUGCCGGGGCUGCGGAGUUUGCGUUGAGUUUCUCGAGCACCAUUUUGCUUUCACCUAAGUUCUCACUCCCUUGUUUCGAUUAUGGUGAUGCGCACUGCUCCCGCAUGCGCUUGUGUCGUCGGUUGUCCAGACGCUGCACUAUCAUGACCGGAAAGAACUAGCAAAUGGAAAGAAUUGGCUGGAGUCGGCGACAAUAUCACUCUUCCAACGACAGAACUCACACCCAAAAGUGUCGCAUCAGUAUCGUGGAAUCUCUUGAGCGCUGCCCAGAACCCUCUCACAGAGCCCGUAUCUUCAAUUUCCUCUGGACUAGCGAGGCGGGCUGCAUCUCGCUUGCCGGGAAAGGUCUCUGGUCUCGACUUACCGCCACCAACUAAGCUUCAACCCAUCCCCCACCGAGGACUUUGGAGUUCCCGGACGGUUGGUCGUCAAUUCGCAAAACCGCAGGAUUAUUACGAGACAGCCUUUAUUUGUGCUCAGUUUUCCUGGCUGGCCUAUUCAGUUGCUGUUUCUAGGCCAUGAUUGCUGGCUUAUCGACUUUCACCCAGACGUGGAGCGAAAAGCGCUCACUCCGACACAUUGAUCUGCCCAGUAUGAGCAUUGACGCUUGUCAUUAGCAGCGCCAUGCCGACUCUGGUAAAUUACAAUCAAUCAACCUUCAAGGACCAUGCAAAGCCCAACAAACGCCGCCUUCAAGAACUCCAACACUCUGAAGCCCGAGCCCACGCCGCCCGGGUGGCAUAUUGGCGCAAGAAAGCCGGUCCGGUGGCCAAGCCGGGGCAGCCGCAGCGCAAAGGGAGUGACAAGAGCAGUGAGGGAGGUUCUUCAUCGAAGGAGCCAUCCGACGCUGGGGCUAUUAUCAAGCAGGAGCCAGAGAAACCUAAUGAAAUACUUCAAUGGAAGUGUGACCCUUCUCCAGACUCGGUCUUUGCUAGCGAACCAGUAUCAGCUGCAGAUGUCGACCGUAAAUCAGAACAAAAGCACACCCCAGGCAGCCAGUCCGGCUCAACUCAAACGCUCUCCUUUUCAAAUUCCACCCCGAGCCAUGAGAAAUGGCGGCGUCGAUCACCAACGUCCUCAUCAUACGAUAGCAAACAGGGUGUGAUUGGCGAGAGCCCGGCAGAUCUGAUUAGACUUGCUCGACAGCCGACGUCGCAGUUAUUUGACCCCUUUGACUCUGUACCAGUCCGCCAGGGCGAUGAAGUUGUCACAGCGAUGGAUCACUUUAUACACAACUGGGCGCCCUCGCAGCGACCUGGCCUCCAAUACCAGACAAAAGACAACCCUCUCAUCAGGGACACUUUCCCCUUUGCUCUCCAACACGUCGAGCUAUUCGAAGCCUCUGUGGCGCUUUGCCUGAGUUUCCGGGCAGCAGGUCAAAAUUUCCAGACAAGGAUGUGCAACUGGUCGCUUUAUCACAAGGGGCAGGCACUCAAUGGAAUGCGGACCAAGUUGAACUCGGGGUGCGUUGACGAAGCUGUUAUUCUUGCAACAGUCUUCCUCAUGAUCAUUGAUAAUGUGUUCUUGGAUGUCGACGCCUAUGAAGCGCACUUGAAUGGCCUCAGGAAGAUGGUUAAAGCUGCUGCUGCAAGCACCAUGGAGGCAUUCGGAGGUUCUCUGUUCUCAUUUGUAUCCUGGGCCGAAUCCAACGCUUUGCUGAUAUUCGGCAACCAUAUCGCCGAACACGAUCCUGAAUCUGGCGGAAUUCAGUUGCGCUACCCAAGCCAGCCAUUUCUGCCGGCAAUAACCAAGACCGUUGCGGCAUUGACCGUCGGAUUCCAAUCCGUGGCGGCAGAUGGCCACCUAUCUUAUGACACCCUUUCUAUUCUCGCAAAUACUGUGCGUUGGACGAAGCUCAUCGACCGAAACCCAGGGUCCGAGGCCCCAUCGAAGGAAGAUCAGGUCUUCCUAAUGAGCCUCGACCCGCGACUGCAAAGUGCUCAAGUCAUGAAGUUAUGUCGAGUUUCUACACCGGGACAUAAUGUGGAAAGGGCAAUCUGCAAAGCUGUAUUCAUCUACUAUGCAAACCUUCUAGGCUGGACCUGUCGAUGCUCCGGAUAUCGUCGAAUCGUCGAAGAGCUCGGGGAUGCGCUACGUUUCUGGGUUUUCGAAGAGUCAUGGGACAGAGAUUUAUGGGAGUGGCUUGCUCUCGUGACGGCGAAUGCGGCUCGGCGAGGCCAGCUGCAUUACUUGCAGAUGGAAGUGAUGGCCAAGUUUGUGGCCCUGGGCUCCCCGGUGGCUGGAUGGGACUCCAUUCGCGGGGGCCUGCAGAAAUUCUUGUUACACACCAGAUUGGAACGAGAGUGGAAGUUUUGCUGGGAGACGGCAACGGUCUCUCUGUCGGGAUGAUGCAGUCAGACUGCGGGUCUGCUGCAUUUCUCGGGCUUUGUAUUCUACACACGCACCUGCACCUGUUCUGUUGAUGAAGACGACUGUGACGAUCUCGGAAUGACCUGGUGUGAUAUAUAUAGACCACGCGCAGUUUGGAAUUGACGCGCAACAGAUGUGACGAUCUGAAGCUGGC